AUGUCACGCAAUUUUCUGAACGAGGACUUUGGGUCCGAGGAAGAGGAUGACGAUUUUAAUCCAGUGGCUGCGGAAGAGUCUGAUGAGGAGGAUGUCAAGCCACAGUCGACGAGUCGCGGCCGGAUUGACGAGGACGAGGACGAGGAGGAGGACGACCAUGCCGAUGUUAAGCCCGAGAGGGCUGACCGAGAGGGGAGUGAAGAUGACGUAAAGGAAGGCAUUGACGCGGAUGAGGGUGACGCUCGCGAUGAGGAAGAUGAGGGCGAAGACGAGGAAGAAGGUGAAAAUGAUGAGGAGGACGAGGACGAAGAUGAGGACGAUGAAGAUGAAGAUGAGCAAGACGUCUCAUCGGGCCGUCCGAGAAAGCGAAGAAGGAGAAUGGGCGGCGUGCAUAAUUUCAUCGAUACGGAGGCCGGUGUCGACGAAGAAGAGGACGAAGCUGAAGACGAGGAGGAUGAAAUGGAGUUGGGCGCCGAGAUGCACCCGGACGAUCUGGAUGCGCUCCCCGCUGGCGCGGAGACCGACGACCGCCGCCACCGACAACUCGAUCGCCAGCGUGAACUCGAGGCGAGUAUGGAUGCCGAGAAGCAGGCGCAAUUGCUCAAAGAACGUUAUGGCCGAAACCGCGCCGCCGCCACCGAUGCCGUUGUCGUGCCCAAACGGUUGCUUCUUCCCAGUGUUGAUGAUCCCAGUAUCUGGGGUGUCCGUUGCAAAGCCGGCAAGGAGCGUGAAGUCGUAUUUGCGAUUCAAAAGCGGAUCGAAGAGCGGCCGGCCGGCUCUCGGAAACCCAUCAAGAUCAUUUCCGCGUUUGAGCGUGGGGGUGCCAUGAGUGGUUACAUCUACGUUGAAGCGCGCAGACAGGCUGAUGUGAUGGAGGCGCUGGAAGAUAUGUCAAACGUCUAUCCACGAACAAAGAUGAUCCUGGUUCCCGUUCGAGAGAUGCCCGAUUUACUUCGAGUUCAGAAAUCCGAGGAGCUCAACCCUGGCGGAUGGGUUCGCAUCAAGCGCGGCAAAUACCAAGGUGAUCUGGCCCAAAUUGAAGAAGUGGACACAAAUGGCUUGGAGGUUACAGUUCGCUUGGUCCCACGUUUAGAUUAUGGCUUGAAUGAAGACAGUGGGGCUCCUGUAGUCGACAUCAAGAGAAAGCGCCCUGGCAUGACUUCAGCAGGUCCUCGGCCUCCUCAGCGACUAUUCAGCGAGGCUGAAGCGAAGAAAAGACAUGGAAAGUACUUGUCAGCUACGUCCGGCUUGGGUGGAAAGUCGUGGAGCUACCUUGGUGAGACAUAUAUCGACGGGUUCUUGAUCAAGGACAUGAAGGUACAGCAUCUUAUCACAAAGAAUGUCAACCCCCGUCUCGAGGAGGUCACAAUGUUCGCUCGAGGCUCUGAUGACGGUACCUCAAACCUGGACCUUGCGUCACUUGCGGAGACGCUCAAAAACUCGACGGCCGAGGAAUCAUACCUUCCAGGUGACCCAGUCGAGGUGUUCCGUGGCGAGCAGCAGGGCUUGGUCGGUCGCACCACUUCGACCCGCGGAGACAUCGUUACCUUGCAGGUAACUGAAGGUGAACUGGCCGGACAGAUGAUUGAAGCUCCAGUCAAAUCUCUUCGGAAGCGCUUUAGGGAAGGUGACCAUGUCAAGGUCAUUGGUGGUAGUCGAUACCAGGAUGAGCUGGGUAUGGUGGUACAGGUCAAAGACGAUACUGUGACACUGCUCAGUGAUAUGAGCAUGCAGGAAAUUACUGUCUUCAGCAAUGAUCUCAGGCUCUCUGCCGAGACUGGUGUCGAUGGGAAGUUGGGCAUGUUUGAUGUGCAUGACCUCGUUCAACUAGAUGCCUCCACUGUUGCUUGUAUCGUCAAGGUCGAUCGUGAGUCGUUGAGAGUUCUAGACCAGAAUGGGUCUAUUCGCACUGUUCUUCCGUCGCAGGUCGCAAACAAGAUUACGCCACGUCGGGACGCGGUGGCUACCGAUCGCAAUGGUGCUGAAAUUCGAAUCGGCGAUACUGUGCGGGAAGUGUAUGGAGAGCAGAGGAGUGGCGUCAUCCUUCACAUUUACCGCUCGUUCCUGUUCUUGCACAACAAAUCACAAGCAGAGAAUUCAGGUAUCGUCGUGGUCCGCACGACCAAUGUCGUCACUGUGUCAGCCAAGGGUGGCAGAUCCUCCGGGCCUGAUCUCACCAAGAUGAACCCGGCUCUGAUGAGAAACGGCAUGCCCGGUGGUUCAAUGGGUCCUCCCAAAAUUUUCGGCCGUGACCGGUUGAUUGGCAAGACCGUUCAAGUGCGGAAGGGGCCGUACAAGGGUCUUGUUGGUAUUGUGAAGGAUUCGACAGAUGUACAAGCUCGUGUGGAGCUUCACUCGAGAAAUAAAUUGGUGACGAUUCCCAAGGACGUACUCAUCGUCAAGGAUCCAGUCACCGGUCAAACACUGGAUAUGUCUCGAAAGGGAGGACAGCGUGUUCCAUAUGGUGCUUCCGCGGCGCCCCCAUCUGGAUGGUCAGGCGGACGUACUCCUAUGGCAGCGGCAGAUUCAUCCAGAACGCCUGCUUGGGGUGGUGCAUCUUCGGCUCGAACACCUGCUUGGGCAGGCAUCGGCGGUUCUCGCACACCAGCAUGGAAGAUGGACGGAUCGCGCACAUCGAACCCAUACGAUGGGAGUCGAACCGCAUACGGAGGCGUUGGCUCACGCACACCCGCCUGGAACGCCGGCGCACGAACACCCUACGACUCCGGCUCUGGAUCGAGCGGCUUUGAUGCAUUUGCGGCAGGCUCCCGAACGCCAGCUUGGUCUGCAAACUCCUCAGCAGGAAGCGGGAAUAGAGAUUCUCGCGGCUACGACGCUCCCACCCCCGGUGGGGCCUAUUCUGCUCCCACCCCAGGGGCAUAUAGCGCCCCAACCCCCGGAGCCUCGGCACCUACGCCUGGAGCCUGGGCUGACAGCGCUCCGACGCCGGGAGUGUUCAAUGCACCGACCCCCGGCGGUCCCUCAAGUCGUCCGUACGAUGCACCCACGCCGGCGAUGGGUGGUGCGGCCGCGACCCCGGGCGCAGGAGCAUAUGGGGACGGUGAGGAUGGCGGGCCUCGCUAUGACGAAGGAACACCCAGCCCUUAG